AAAACAAGUAUGGCUGCGCCCAGUAAUAGGAAAACAACCCGCCUGUUUCAGACUGCCAAAUGAACUUUUAACGAACUUGACGCGUAUAUAUGGGUGCGAGUAAAGCACAACAGUGAACUAAGCAUGCUGCUAGUACGCGGCAAAUCCAACUCCCUUCUCAGGUCGGCCUCACCGCUUUGCCGUUGCCUGUGCACUGCCGGCGCACCGCAUAGUGGGCAGUUAAAAGGCAAGCAGCGCAAAGUGCGAAACAUCGGCAUCGUAGCCCAUGUGGACGCGGGCAAGACGACCAUCACAGAGAGGAUACUGUUCUACAGCGGCCUGACCCGCGCCAUGGGCGAGGUGCACGACGGCGACACGGUGACCGACUGCCUGCCCCAGGAACGCGAGAGGGGCAUCAGCAUCACCGCUGCCACGGUGACCUUUCCGUGGCGAGACCAUCGCGUCAACCUGAUCGACACGCCGGGUCAUGUUGACUUCAGCAUGGAAGUGGAGCGUUCCCUACGAGUAAUGGACGGAGCUGUCACCCUCCUUGAUGGAUCUGAGGGUGUCCAGGCACAGACCGUUACGGUGUGGGAGCAGGCCUGUCGCCACAAUUUGCCUCGGCUCAUCUUUGUGAACAAAAUGGACAAGGCUGCCGCCAGCUUUGAUGCUUGCGUAUCUGAUGUGCGUGCAAAGCUGGCAGCCUCUCCUCUGGUGGUGCAGCUGCCACUUAGAACUGUGGACAAAAUGGUUGGCAUUGUUGACUUGGUCACCAUGGAAACAGUUAUGUGGCCUGCAGAUUCCCACCAGGGCCGUGUCUUCACUCGUGAACCUCUUCCAACGGGAACUAGCCAAUACGAAAAAGCCGCAAGGAAGAGGCAGGAGCUCAUUGAAGCGGCAGCGGAACUUGAUGACCAGUUAGCAGACCAGUUCUUGCUGCAAGAUCGGCAGGUCCCACCAGCUGAACUGAUGGCAGCGUUACGGAGAAUUACCAUUUCGGGAAAGGGUGCACCCAUGCUGUGCGGCAGUGCCUAUCGCAACCUCGCUGUGCAGCCCCUGCUGGAUGCCGUCAUUGACUUCCUACCUGGACCUGUGGUUUCCGAUGGUAGCGGGCAGCUAGCUGCACUGGCAUUUAAGGUGGUGCACACCAAGUUCAAGGGCCCGCUAACUUUCGUGAGGCUGUAUAGUGGCCGCAUCGCAACAGGCCAGCGACUGUACAAUGCCACGCGGGACCUGUCCGAGAAAGCAGUCGAGCUGGUUGAAGUGACGGCCGACGAAUACCGCACCGUGAGUGAGGCCGUGGCCGGUGAUGUGCUGGCCAUUGCCGGACUCCAGCGCAGCGUCACCGGAGACCUGCUGGUUGCCAGUGCCUCUACGGCUCGCUCGGCCCUCGAAGGGCCUGCCGGUCAGCGGGCGGCGAUGCAUGUUCCCGAACCCGUAGUGCUGUGCAGUAUCGAGGCCCCAUCUAUGCGUCAGCAGAAUGCACUGGACGCUGCCCUGGCCUGCAUGUUACGUGAGGACCCAGCCCUGCGGCUCAGCCACUGUCCAGACACUGGGCAAAUGGUAUUGGGUGGCCUGGGACGGCUUCACCUGGAAGUGACACGGGACCGCAUUCUGCUUGAGCACAAUGUGGAUGCCAGCCUGGGCCCUCUUCAGGUGGCCUACAAGGAAAUGCCGACAGAUUACUCGGCCAAGCCAGUGCGACACCUGUUAGACCGUGCUGCAGGUGGUACAAAUCACAAGGUCGAAGUUGAGAUGCGCGUGUUACCAUCCGACACUCAGUUUCAAGAGUUAAAGGUGGUAGUGACCGAUGACAACGGCCUGGGGCAGCUCUGGCAGCAGCACAGACGGGCUCUCAACUCUGGUGUGUCGUUGGCACUGUCACACGGACCCUUGCGAGGUUUCCCGGUGACCAGUGCCAGCGUUGAGCUGCUGUGGUGCCAAGUGGGUCGCGGAACCUCCUUGGCUAUGGUCAGUGCGGCCGCAUCCCAGUGUAUUGCUAAGUGUUUGGCCAACGCGGCUGUCGUGCUCAUGGAACCUAUCAUGGACGUUCAGGUAUCCACUCCUGAGAUGUAUCUUGGCCGUCUACUAAGUGACUUUUCGCAGAGGAGGGCAACGAUUAAAGCAAUAUCCCAACGACAAGACAUGCGGGUCUUGGAUGUCGAGGUUCCACUUGCUGAAAUGAACGAUUAUGCGGACGUGGUGCGAACGCUGUCCUCUGGCCGUGCUAGUUUCACCAUGUCGUUAGCUGCCUAUCAUCCCAUGGGAGCGCAAGAAACUGCUGUGGCAUUGAGGCGGCUUGCUGGAUUCACCGAGAAUGUCUGAGGCCAAGAAGACUGGUCAUAUGUGUUUUGUCAUCUGUCUGUUGCUGUAAAUCAUGCAUUGUGCAAGCCAUAUGCUAUUAGUAAUAAUAAAAUACGUUGUUUUGUUGA